UCAACCCUUUUCCUUUCCUUCUUCUGGGUCUUCCAGAAUCGCGCACUCGCCAAUCAGAAAGCUUUUCUUCAACUUCCUCUUCUUCUUCGACUUCUUAUUAUCAUUCUCAAAGGCACGCUUUUCGUUUCCAAUUGUUCUCUCGCACUCUGUUCAUUCCCAGAGUCACGGACAUUGGUCAAAUCUUGGGCUCAUUUGGGCACGCAAGAAGCAAGCUUUCGGUUACUUUUCUCCGUUUCUUGAACCAAUUCUAACUUAUCAGAAGCAACGCCGGGUCUGCAAUCGCGAAUUUUCUGAAUCAGCAAUCUUCGAAUGAGACACGCUUGAGAUGGUGCACAUUGUCAUUGUGAGUGGGCUCUCCGAGAAAGAUUGAGCGAGCUUGAUGGCUAUAUGUGAGGCGCUCUGAAGCAAUGCAGUUCGUUUUUCAGGUCCGGAGUUGAACUUCGAGGAAAAUAGAGAACGGACAGCCGCGAAGGCUAGAGGAAAGAUAGAAUGUGUUCCACGGAUGAUAAGCUGGCUGAAUUGUGCUUUGCAUUUACGUUCUUGGCUCGGUUGGUCGCUUACAUCGCAGUAUUGGCGUUGCUCGUGUUCAUCGUUUUCGCGAUCUUGAGAUACCUGGACAACUCGGAGGAUGAAAGUCCAGCAGAACGAGAGCCAGUAGUGACAGAGACAACCCCGAUACAAUUAUUCAAGCCACCACAGUCGACGUACGGGACAUGUGAGGAGGACAUAGAAACCGGCAGCUGUGGCAGCAGCUCCUCGGAGGAGUUGUAUGAUGGGAAGAUUUGUGUGAUUUGCUACGACGAGGAAAGGAAUUGCUACUUCGUCCCUUGUGGCCAUUGUGCUACCUGCUAUGACUGUGCUCAGAGGAUCUUUGAUGGAGAAACCAGGGCAUGCCCUGUUUGCAGGAGACCCGUCAGGAAAGUGAGGAAGUGGUUCACCUCAUGAGAUAAACACACCGUUUUGUUACGGUUUAAAGAUUUUCUUGGGUUUUAUAGCGAUGAUUUCAGUGGAAAUUUUUGGUCCUUGGCUCGAGUUAUUAGGAUUAAAAUUGAUGAUUGCGCUCA